GGUGUGGAUCGACCAUUCCACCACGGAGUUCGAGCAGACGGAGGUGUACAUGAAGCAGGUGCAGGAGUCUCGCGCCCAUAUGCUAGAGUCGCCCAUCACAGGAGGCCUCGACGCCCUCAGGAAGGGCCAGAUGAUCGCCUACGUGGGCGGAGAUAAGGUCGUGGCUGAUGCUAUGAUGCCUAUUCUGGAGGCCUCAUACAUCAAGGUUUUCUAUGUCGGGCCAACUGUCGGAGCGGCCAUGGUUAUCAAAGUCGUGUCCAACAUGCUAUGCUGCGUCCAUGUUGUGGCCAUGGGUGAAGCGCUGAUGUUAGGAAAACGCGCCAACAUCGACCUGAAAACGUUCUGGGACGGAAUUCGCCUUAGCGUCGGCAACAGCUUCGUGUGGGAAACAGCGUCGCCCGUGAUCUUCAACGGAGGCGACUAUGACCCCGGUUUCUCCCUCUCGUUGCAAAACAAGGAUCUGCAACUCGGCUACGACAUGGCCCGGAAGUAUAAGGUUCCUAUGGAGAUGCACCAACUGGCCCUCAGCGUGUACCGUCGCUCAGAAUACACCUUCGGGGAGGAAGCCGGCUGUUAUAUCGUCCCUAAGGAGCUCGAGCUGGCUUUGGGCGAGUCCCUUCAGAUCCCUGGCUUUAAGAACUGGGAGUAUGAUAAUGUUAUUGAAGAUGGGUCGCUCAAUGUUAGGCAUUUGGGUGUCGAGGCGUGAGGUGUGGAGAGUGUUGGAGAGUGUUGAGUGGUGGGGGUAUGU